AUGGGUGCUUCUCUAAGCGAUGCUCUGAGACCUCCUGGCACUCCUGCUUCCGCUCAAAUCGCAGAAAAUCCGGCUCCGAUUGCGACGGCGAGUUCGAAGGAAAAGACGCAAAAAGAGAAACCAAAGCAGACUUCAAAAGAGACUUUAAAAAAGACUUCAAAAGAGACUUCAAGAGAGACAUCGAAAGAGAAGCUGAAAGAAACACCGAGUUCAACUCCGGACCUGAAGACCAAAACUCAGUCCAAGAAGAACGUUUCAGAAGUUUUAAAAUUAUAAAUAAAUUGAUUCAUUCAAUUUUUGAGGGCGGGCUCAGCGAGAACGAAAGUUUGCAAUCAAUGCCAAACAUGGACACGCCAGAUAAUUCGAUGGUUCUGGGGCCUUCGUUGCCUUCUGCUGAGUCUGCUGAGUCUGCCGAGAAGACGCCGUCGCCAAAAGGAGCCGUUUCUUCUCCUUCCAAGCCUCAGUUCGUUAUCCCCGCUGAUAACGUGAGUUCCUCUCUUUUUCAUAACCUUAAUUUCAAUAAAGCUUCAGAAAACAAAAGUGAAUCCGUUUGAUAAAAACUACGAUACGAUACUGAUGAUGCCGGAAGUUGACUGGAAAAAAACGGACAAGAAACCGAAGACUCCUCAGAAAUAG